AUGAUUCUCCACGUCCUCAACUAUUUCAAUGCUUACCCAAGUGUUAAUAUUCGUUCUGAAAGUAAGUUUCGAUUUUUCAAUUUAAACUGGAAACACUAUCCCGUUCGUUUCUAUCUAUCUAUCUAUCUAUCUAUCUAUCUAUCUAUCUAUCUAUCUCAGUCCAUUUCUUUCUUUCUUUCUUUCUUUCUUUCUUUCCCAUUCUAUUCAUAUCUAUCUAUCUAUCUAUCUAUCUAUCUAUCUAUCUAUCUAUCUAUCUAUCUAUCUAUCUAUCUCAUUCUAUUCAUAUCUAUCUAUCUAUCUAUCUAUCUCAUUCUAUUCAUAUCUAUCUAUCUAUCUAUCUAUCUAUCUAUCUAUCUAUCUAUCUGGAAUUCUUCUAUUCCUAUCUAUCUAUCUAUCUAUCUAUCUAUCUAUCUAUCUAUCUGCUUCAUCUUCUUUCUUUCUUUCUUUCUUUCUUUCUUUGUCUUUCCUGAUGUUCUAUUGUCUGUCUUUUCUUUCUUUCUUUCUUUCUUUCUUUCUUUUUUCUUUCUUUCUUUCUUUGUCUUACCUGAUGUUCUAUUGUCUGUCUUUUCUUUCUUUCUUUCUUUCUUUCUUUCUUUCUUUCUUUCUUUCUUUCUUUGUCUUUCCUGGUGUUCUUUUGUCUGUCUUUUCUUUCAUUCUUUCUUUCUUUCUUUCUUUCUUUCUUUCAUAUACUAUUGUCUCACAUUUAGGGUAAUUGGUGGGUCGGUUGCCAAACGCAUUUGGGAUGAGAGGCGACCGGAUUGA